AGAACCUGAACGUCAUGGGAAAGCGGACGAAUUUUGAGGGUGAUCCGAGCGGUGCGCAUGCCAGUAAACGCCAACGGAUUGAGGGUGGACACGAGCGAAACUCUCCCAGGCCGAACGGUGCAGGCGCGGAGGAUGUACACAGCGGGCGCGACUUGCAGAAGGCCCUGUACUUCGACCAAAAUGCGACGGCAGACUUUCGCAGCGGUCUGAGUUUGUUCAAGCGAUUCCUCGACUCGAUCUUAUACUCGACCGACGGCCUUGACGUGCCCCGCCGACGAGCUAUCCUCAGCGAAUACCUCAACACACAGAAAGGCAAGAGUCAAGACGACAAGCACGAGACGCUGCUGUCGAACUUGAUCCAAGCUUGGGACUGGGCGGCCGAGACCAAUUUUGACGCGAUUCUCGCCCAGGUCACCGCUGUGUUUGCGCUCCUCUUCAAGGUCUUGUCUAGCCACGCCGACUUGACAGAAUUCGGUACCCUCCUCGCAAAGACAAUUCUCCAGCCUUCAGUCGCUCGUCGUCUCGUACGCAGCACUUCCGCUGCUUCGAACAAGGAGAAUGUCAUCUCACCGGCUCUCAGGCUGCUCACCGAGCUUACGAAGUUCAACGACGGCGCGCAUGCACGUGCUGUCUACUCGAAGAAGGACUUCACACUGGAGCCGAGGAUACUGGGAAGGAACAUUGCGCUAUGGAAGGAGCACAAGGGCAUGUCAGUUGCGGACAUGCACAAGAAGCCGAGCGUCAGGACAACAGCCAUUCGCUACCUGCUCACACAUCUGAGGCUUCAAGAUGAGCGCGCCAAAGUCGAGAUCCUCUCAAACACCAACAUCACCCGAGCCGUGUUCGACCAUCUUAGUACCGAUCCACCGUUCCUCAUCUUCGAGAUCUUCGAUGUCUUCACCAGCCACGUGUUCCAGGACAAGACCAUUCCCCGCCAGACCAAGAGCCGCAUCUUAAACGGCAAGACACUGUCGCGCAUCGCCGGUCUUUACAACUACGAUCUAGAGGAGGGCUCGCUGACAGACGGGCAAAAGGCACCAGAGGUCCUGGCCCAUGAUUUCUUGUGCAUGGUGUGCACAGACCCCGGGUAUGGUGUUAUGUUGCCAACAAACGGUUUCUACCCAUCGGCUCAUGACGAAGAAGAAGGCGAUCUCGACGACGCUGCUGACAACGGAAACGAUCUUGGACUCGAGUCAACCGAGACCUUCGACAGAUUGGGCCGGGUGCGCAACAUCAUCUUGUCAGAGUUCAUACAAAGUCAACGCCCGUACGCAAAUACAUCACAUCAGAAGUUGGUCAUCGAGAUCUUCAAGGCUUCACCAGAACUUGUUGCGGACUACUUCAUCAAGCGAAGGGAUUUCAACUACGACCCCAACUUGACAUCCACAUGGAUCGGAUACUCAGCUUUCCUGUUCCAGACCAUUCAGCUACCGAUUCCGAAGUUCUUUGGCGUGAAGAAGAGCUAUCGCAAUCAGCCGCCCCCAGUAGCAGCUAUGAUCCAGAGUGUCUUGCCACAACCGCUCAACCAGCAGGUGCUGACCAAGUGCUUGAAUCACAGCUCGGAUCUGGUACAGAUGUUUGCUAUCCGCGUUCUAAUCGUCGCGCUGCAGAAGCUGCGAAGUAUGGUACAGGCGCUGCACGAGGCGGCCACCGUGAAGUCUUCAAAGCAAUGGGCGCAAGCAUCACAGCAUCUUGUUGCCGAAGUUAGCCGUCGCUGUCCGACGAUAAGGACUGUUUUCUUGGCGCUGAAGAAGCCUGGGCUGCAAAGUUUGAAGCGGGAGUCAAUCACCAGGUUACUGAGGUUGUACUACGAAGUCACGCCUCAAGCAGCGCUGCAGGAGAAAUUCGACGUUUCAUUGCCGCUAUGCAAUGCCUUGGUCGAGGUUGAGAAGUCCACAGGCUCACCAGAAGACACAGCGUUCCGCGUCAUGGAGCUGGAGCAUUGGAUCCAGAUGGCACGUCACUCGCCCGCGAUGCGCUGGUGGCAGAAGCCGAAGACCCUGCAACACUCACCCUUCAUCACACUGCUCAAGCUCCUGAUCACUUCCAAAGAUAAUGAGCUAUACACCGGUGUCAAAUCGCUGCUUGACGCAGUCUUGCAGGAUCAGGAGAUGUUGCAAACAAAGACCUCGCCUGAUGCUCUAGACGCACUGAUUGCCAGUAUCGAGCCCUCUGCUGGCUCGAUACCGUCAGUGGAAGUGCUCGACUUUCUUGAAGACUGCUGUGCGCGAUUCAUCAAGGUGCCAAUCAAAUACUUUGACGACCUUGACGCAAUGUGCGCAAAGGCAUCGCUUGCCCAGGCUGAUAUCGGACCCUUCAGCCCAUUGCUGAUGACCCUUGUAGAGCAGUGGCCAUUCAAGGGCAGCGAGUCGGCGACAGGACCUGCUGCAGAGGCUCUUGCUGGCUGGUUAUCGAAGUUGCUGUACCUGUUCAACCUCAUAGGCGAGGACGAGACUAUGCUGGCCCUGGUCCGCGACAGCCUGAUCGACUCCGCCGGCAAGGCAUACAAGGAGGUCCUGAAAGAUGCUUUCUUGUGGAAGAUGUACAAAGCUCGCGCAAAGGAAGCGCUGAAGCUGGCAACUGGUGCUGACUUCAGUGGAUCAGAGCGCUCCAGUGCAUCACCUGUUCCGCAGCCCAAGAUGGCACCCCCUGUCAGAACAGUUGCAGCAGUCGACCUGGAGCUCCCACCCCAAGAGGACGAGAAGCAUACUGGACUCACCCGCUGGCGCAAGAAGGAAACCGACGAAGCCAUCGAAGAUGGCGACAUCGGCGAGCUGCUUCUCUGCCUCUGCUCGAAGCAUCAAGAAAUUCGCAUCCAAGCCAUCAACAACGUUCGCCAGCUGAUGGCAACCAUCGGCCCUGACGCACUCACCCAGGACCUGGGCGCCGUCUACCUUCUUCUCGGUGAAACCCUCGAAUCUCUCGACCCCACCGGUGCCACGCCAUUUCCUUACGUCGCCGGCGUAUUCGCAGCCCGCAGCGUCAAGAUUCUUGCCGAUCCCACGCAUGUCAUGUUCAGCAAGAUCAACAAGUUCCUAACUGCUGCGCCAAACUGGGAAGUCGACUUCCUAUUGCGCAAGCUGUACAGGAGUAUCGUUGCCUCCGAACCCGACGAAGAUGCAAGCUAUCACAAGGAAGUCGAUUGGUUUCUCGAGUAUCUCAUCGACGGCCUCAGGACAAGCAGAGAUAUGGAAGCCUUCCGCAAGUCGAAUAUAUUCGAACAGCUUCUAUCAUUCUACGCGAGUCGGAGCUGCAACGCGAGCUGCAAGGAGAAGAUUGUCAGGCUAUUAUUGAGGGCGACGGCGGUUGGCGGUAGUACGACGCUGGUUACGAGGUGUGGAAUGGUCAGCUGGAUCCAGAUGUGCCUGAGCAACCAGGAUCCCAGGCAGAAGAUGUUGAAGGUACUGGCGCAGAGAUUGCAAGAAACGUGUGACCGAGGGAGGGUGAGUGAGUGGAGCAAUGGGACUAUUGACGGGGCUAUUGUCGGUGUUGUCGAAGUAGGUGCUUGAGCAGGGAGAUGGGUGUGGUGCAUGCAGAGUUGGAGUUGGAAGCAUUGCAGGCGCAAAUUUAGCAUCAUCGCAGUUCAAUGAGCGCGUUUAGCAAAGAGCCUGGAAGUCACGACCAGACGUUGAAGUGAAG